AUGGCCCCAUGGCCCAGGAAGCGCAAUUGUCCCAAGGUGGUAAAGCUCCAACCCCCCUUCCCAUCCUUCCAGCAGCCGACCUCAGCCAUCAUCCUCGGCCUGGUCAUCGCUGCCUCGCUGUCCAUCCGGGGCUUCAACGCAGCCUCCUCCGGCUUCAAACUCACGCAGUGCGGCUCGGCGCGGCUCAAAAGGUUGGGAGGUACAGCCGCGCAGUUGGUCAACGACACCAUGGGAGGAAACCCUGAACAAAGCUUCCUUGGCGUCAUCCGCACCUUGGAAGUCUUCCAGGAGCUGAAGGACUCCUUGGAUCCGGGUUCCGACUUCCUGAUCGAAUUGGAACAGAUCUUAACCAACACCAAACCCAUCUCGGAUGCUGUGGUGGUGGCAUCAGCGACCAUGAGUAACUUGAAGGCGAUGAUGGAAGCCCCUGGCAACGUGAAUCCCGCGACGACCGGAGGUGAAGAUCUGCUCCACAAGUGCGAGCUCUGUAGCAUCCUGGCGCCAUCCCUGACCAGCGCCAUCGAUGCCCUGGACAACGGCGUGGGAACGGCGCUGGCGCAGACACGUGAGGUGGUCAGUGAGCAGCUGCAGGGCGAGAACUUGGCCAAGCUGAGCGAUAGUAUGCUUUCCGGAACUGCUCCGUUGGUUGAGUUGAAGACGGUGGUCCAUUCAGCCUUUGGACCCUUCGUGGAGCAGGAUACCUUGGAAGCAAUCACCGUACAGCUGGAUAGCAUCGGAACCCUCUCCAGCGUGGCGUUGAUUGGUGUGGCUCUCCUCCUGGCGCUGUGCAGUCUUCUCACUGGAAUCUGCUGGAUUUGCGUCGACACCCACACUGCCGCGGAUGGAACGAGCCAACACAGGAGAAUCACCUGCCGCUGCGCCAUGUGCUCUUGGUGCUGCGGCUGCUACUACAUGUUGUUCGUUUUGUUGAUCUCCGGAAUCAUGACGGCGGCCUCCAUUCCACUGAGCAGCAUGUGCCUGGUGCUGGAGGAUGUGAAUGGUGAGCUGAUCCGCGACAUCGCGGCACCCUUGGAGCUGAACAUCUCAGGGCCAGAAGGCGAUCGAGCCCUGGGGAUGUCACCUCCCAACAAAAAGGAGAUUCUUCUGGCAACCCAAAAGCAUACAUUGAACCGGAAGAAAACAAACAAAAUAUGUGGGCAUACAUUGAACAGAAUGUUUUGA